CACGUGAUUAGAAAGAUCGUCGGUACCGCGUGUCAGAUCCUUCAUUUGACUUAGCGAUGACAAAAGAUUCAGAGCAGAAGGAACCUGCACGAUGGGUUCGUAUAGCCAGUGACGACGGAUUCUCUUUCAUUUUGGAACGGAAAGUGGCCAUAGCAAGCCCCACUCUUGCGGCCUCGCUGAACGAGGACAGCAAUUUCGCUGAGUCCCUAAGUAACACGUGUACUGUCCCCCACAGAGGUAUUGUCGUUGAGAAGGUCGUCGAGUACUUGUCUUUCAGAGCACAGUCGCAGAAUGCAGCCGAAAAUGAGGAAAUCCCAGAUUUUCUGGAACGUAUUCCCCCUGAAAUUGCGCUUGAAUUAUUGAUGGCGGCGGAUUACCUUGAAAUGGUUUAAGCUCUGUAUUCACUGCUUGUAAUGAUCACUGCCAAACGAGGAUACUUCUUAACUCAGUGAACAUCGCCUUGGCAAAUUGCUAUCCCCCAUAAGCAUCUACCCUAUCACGUCCAUAUUCCUAAUACGGUGGAGCCUAGAGGUUGGCAGCUCGUCGCUCAGCCAUUCCUAGCAGGAUAUGGUAUCCGAACUCUCGAGCUUUGUCUACUCCAGACAUGCUGGACUUACGCUUUUUGCCCAUCAUGGCUCCAUCCAAUAACAUGGUGUGCGGAGUCAGCGGAGCGCACGGCAUGGUCAGUUUAUUUCCGAAUUAUGACAGAAUUCGCAGUCGCGAUGGAGGAUUUGUUUACAGCAAUUCACAAUGUCAGACAUCGAAUAUCUAGUGUACUUAAUCUCAGGAUGGUGCCAUGAUGCCGAGUUUGUGACGGUGAAGGAAGCGGUGAUGGUUUGUUGGCGGCCGAAUCUGG